CCAACGUACAAUUGCUAGUUUUCCGUGGAGCGUUGUGAAAUCCCUCGCCAUAAAAUCCUCCAAACUUCAUCAUUAACGCACCCAAAUUGGAGGAUGAGAUAUAUUCCACAGCGUUUUCUCAUGCUGGACUUGACUUUAUCUGUAGGCUGCUGCCUUCAAUGCAUCUUUACCCUUAAACCUGGCGUGAUUUUGUAUCAGAAAGAUUUUUUGGCUGCAUUUCAUCGUCAACAUCCACCAUUCACAUCCACAGAAAUAACUAAGUGACCAUGAAAUCACUUUGGGGAACAGAAACAGUGACAGUGCGUCAUUGUUAUCGUGUAAGAAGUAAAGUGAAUAACAAUGCAUAUUUUCAAUACUGUGGAGGGUAGGCAAAUCCAUCCCCACAUCACUCUCAGGAAAUUUGCGUCUGCCACAGCCACAUUUUUCCAAAACAAGCUUCUUAACAUGUAUCUCAACUGCGGAAGUUUAGUGGAGGCUCGUCAACUGUUUGAUCAAGUAUCUGAACCAGAUGUCUUCUCAUGGAAUAUCAUAAUUAUAGCUUACAGAAGACAUGGGUUUUCUACCGAGGCAUUGAAAUUGUUUCACCAAAUGCAACGAACGGGCACCCAACCCAAUCAGUUCACCUUCGCCAGCAUACUCCCAGCCUGUGCCAAAUUAAGAGAUUUGAAACAGGGUAUGUAUAUACACCAAAGGAUAAUUGAAAGAGGAAUUUUGUCAGAUGUAGUUGCAAGCGCACUGGUGGACAUGUAUGCAAAAUGUGGAAGCCUACUUAAAGCACGCGUACUGUUUGACAAAAUGCCUUAUAAAAAUGUGGUCUUGUGGACUGUAAUGGUUACAGGAUAUGCACAAAAUGGAGUUCUCGAGGAGGCUUUAAGGCUUUUUAGAGAAAUGCCUAAAAGAGAUGUGGUCUCAUGGAAUGCGAUGAUUGCAGGAUAUGCACAAAAUGGAUUUGUUGAAAAGGCUUUAGAAACGUUUAAGCAAAUGCAAUUGGCAGGUGAAAAGUCAGCCUCCACAACCUUUGCCAGCAUCCUCCCAGCGUGUGCCAAAAUGGGAGAUUUAGAAGAGGGGAUGAUCAUACAUAAAAACAUAAUUGUAAGUGGGUUUUUGUCAAAUGUUGUAGUUUCGAGUGCCCUGGUAGACAUGUAUGCAAAAUGUGGAAGGAUACAGAGUGCAGGCCAACUAUUUGAGAAAAUACCUCAAAGAAAUGUGGUAUCGUGGAACGCGAUGAUUGCAGGGUAUGCACAAAAUGGGUGUAAUGAAAAAGCCCUGGAAACUUUAAAUCAAAUGCAAUUGGCAGGUGUAAAGCCAGACUCCACAACCUUUGUUAACAUCCUCUCAGCCUGUGCCAAAAUGGGAGCUUUGCAACAGGGAAUGGAUAUCCAUCAAAGCAUAAUUGAAGGUGGAUUUUUAUCAGAUGUAGCCGUUGCAAAUACCCUAAUGGGCAUGUAUGCGAAGUGUGGAAGCAUUCUCGAGGCACGUGAACUGUUCGACAGUAUAGAUCAGAAAAAUGUUGUUUCAUGUACUGCUAUGAUUGUGGGUUAUGCACAAAAUGGGGAUCUUGAGGAGGCUUUAAGGCUUUUCAAAGCCACACCUCAAAGAGAUGUGGUCUCAUGGAAUGCAAUGAUUGCAGGCUGUGCAAAAUAUGGAUUUGUUGAGAAGGCUUUGCAAAUAUUUAAGGAAAUGCAAUUGGCAGGUGUAAAGCCAGUUUCCACAACCUUUGCCAGCAUACUUCCAGCCUGUGCCAAAAUGGGAGCUUUAGAACAGGGCAUAGUCAUCCAUCAAAGCAUAAUUGAAAAUGGAUUUUUGUCGGAUGUUGUAGUUGCAAGUGCUCUAGUAGAUAUGUAUGCAAAAUGCGGAAGCAUGCACACGGCAUGUGGACUGUUUGACAAAAUACCUCAUAAAAAUGUAGUUUCAUGGAAUGCAAUGAUUGCAGGACAUGCACAAAAUGGAAUUUUUGAGAAGGCCUUGGAAAUAUUUAAGCAAAUGCAAUUGGCAGGUGUAAAAGCAGACUCCACAACCUUUGUCAGUGUCCUCCCAGCCUGUGCUAAAAUGGGAGCUUUCGAACAGGGCAAGGAUAUCCAUCAACGAACAAUCGAAUGUGGAUUUUAUUUAGAUGUUGUAGUUGCAAGUGCCAUGGUAGACAUGUAUGCAAAAUGUGGUAGUAUACACAUGGCACGAAAACUGUUUGACAAAAUGCCUCAAAGAAAUUUGAUCUCCUGGAAUGCUAUGAUUGCAGGAUAUGCACAAAAUGGCCUAUGCAAGGACGCUAUCGAUAUUUUUAAACUAAUGAACCACUCUGGAAUCUACCCUGAUCAUGUGAGCUUAACAUGUCUUUUAUUAGCAUGCAGCCAUGCAGGUUUAGUGGAUGAAGGAUGCAAAUACUUCAAUAGCGUGGGCGACUCUUAUAGUUAUUGCAUUACACCUACGAUUGACCAUUAUGUGUGCAUGGUUGACCUUCUUGGCCGUGCGGGCUAUCUUGAGGAAACACUGAAAUUUAUCAUCAAAAUGCCAGUUAAACCUGUGAUGGUUGUGUGGACAUGUUUUCUUGGUGCCUGUAGAACACACAAGAGUAUACAGUUAGGAGUAUUUACAGCAGCUCUUCUUCUUGAUCUGGAUCCUAAGAAAGCUGCAACUUAUGUUCUUCUGUCAAACAUCUAUGCAGAAGUAGGCAGGAGGAGUGAGGUUCAAAUGGUAAGGAGAUUGAUGAAAGAUAGAGGAAUUAAAAAGACACCUGGAUGUAGUUGGAUUGAAGCCCAUAACAAGGUACAUGUUUUUCCUGUAGGAGACAGAUCACAUCCACAGACACAGGAAAUCUAUGCUAAGUUGGCGAAAUUGAAUUGGGAGAUGAAGGAAUCAGGGUAUUUUCCAGAUUCGGGACAUGUACUAAAUGAUGUAGAGGAAGAGGAAAAAGAAUUUUUUCUCAGCCACCAUAGUGAGAAGUUGGCAAUUGCAUUUGGAUUGUUAAACAUUACCUCUGGAACAACUAUUAGAGUUGUCAAGAAUCUUCGAGUAUGUGUUGACUGCCAUACUGCAACUAAGUUUAUCUCCAUGAUUACUGGAAGGCAAAUUGUUGUUAGAGAUGCCAACCGGUUCCAUCAUUUCAAACAAGGACAAUGUUCUUGCGGGGAUUAUUGGUGAUGCCAUGUAAAGCAGUAUGUGAACAUAGGCUUGCACUAAUACCAAGGUGUACCAUGUCAAAUCCUGAGUGAUAAAACCAGCACCAGGUUUAAUUUUAAUUUCAAAAAAGGGUUACUAAACUAUAGUAUUGUCGAUCACUGCCUAUACAUAUUGAUCGGUUAUUCGUUAGCCCAGUUGACAAUACCAUGAGACAGUGAACUGUUCCCAGUAAACAUGAUCGUCUAAAAAAAGUUGGAUGAAAAGAAUGGGAAAAGCAGAAAGGGAAGGAAUACUUGAAGGAAAUGGAAAGAUGUUUGGUCAAGAGAAAAUGUAAUAAAAUGGCUCACGAUCAAUCCAAUGCUUGAAGAUGAUGGGGAGAGCAUAUUUUGAUAGUACUUUACUUCAAUCUUUUGUAUUUUUGUAUGGUCAUUUUGACUGGAUUAGUUGUAUAUUGUGCUAAUGUCAGAUCUGUCAUCUGGUCACAAUAUUUUAAUUUUAGUUUAAUUGAUUUCAACUUAA